UCACACCUCUCUCUCUCUCUCUCUCUCUCUCUCUCUAUAUAUAUAUAUAUAUACAUAAACCCGUCUCUUCUUCUCACUCAUCUCACAAACAAAAAUCAAUCUCUCUUUUUGUUUGUCGAUCGAUCAAAUCCAUCAAAAAUACUCAAAUGGCUUUGAUCUCCACCAAGUUGUCUUUGGCUCUCUUCCUCUCUUCCCUCUGCAUCCAUGCAGCUCUAGGUGGGUUUAUAUGUGAGGAUUUGCCAAAUGAUGUUUGUGCAUUUUCGGUAUCGUCUGCCGGGAAAAGGUGUCUGCUAGAGACCAUGGCAAAGAAGGAUGGAAGCAUAGAGUACCAGUGCAGGACAUCAGAAGUUUUGGUUCAGGGGGUGGCAGAGUACAUUGAGACAGAUCAGUGUGUGAAGGCUUGUGGCAUUGACAGGAAGUCUGUUGGGAUUUCAUCUGAUGCCCUCCUUGAGCCUCAGUUCAUGACCAAGCUCUGCUCCCCAACUUGCUACCAAAAGUGCCCCAACAUUGUUGAGCUUUACUUCAACUUGGCCGCUGGAGAGGGAGCGUUCUUGCCUGAUCUCUGUGACAAACAGCGUACCAACCCUCACCGUGCCAUGCUCCAGCUCUUGAGCUCAGGUGAGGCCGCCCCUGGCCCCGUCAGCAGCAAAUCACCAUCAGGAAACUUGGCAUUUGCCCCUUCUCAGGAAGAAGCAUUUCCCCCUUCUGAGGCAUUUGCUCCUACUGAGGGAGAAGCACUUCCUCCUUCUGAGGCAUUUGCCCCUGCUCCUCUGUAAACAUGUUGUGUAGUUUCUGCAUAAAAUUUAUUUUGAAUUUUAGUGUAAGUUUAGUGACGAGUGAGGAAUAAUUAUCAAAUAUAGAGCCAAAAAAACAAGGGGAACCGGGGAUUUUCUUUGUGGAAGAGGUUUGUUGAGAUUUACGACGUUUAUAUGAAAAGUAAUUGUAUUACUUUUUUUUAUUUUUUUAUUUUACACAUGUCAGAUCAAUACAUACAAUCAAUGA